GAUGGCGGUGUGAGACGGCGAAAUGCGCUCCCGAUUCUGAACGGGAGCUUCCUGCCUCGUUGCCGGGAGCGACGGUGCAUGGAGGCCGGAGUGUUGCUUGACAGCAGAGGCACUUGAAGGAGAGUCAGCGACCCGAUGACCUUCCUGCACGCUGGACUCCGAGCAGGGUGGAGGGGGCUCUCCCCUGCUCGCUUCACCACUCUGGCCGCCUUGCAGGACCCCAAGGGCGGCGCCCUUAUCUUGAAGUCCCUGUCCGCCGAUGCCUACGAGAACCUGGGGCUGGAGGACUGGCUGCACGAGUACGUGCAGCCCCGGCACCGGGAGGUGCUCCUGCUCUGGAGGAAUCGCUCAGUCGUGGUCAUCGGUCGCCACCAGAACCCCUGGCAAGAAUGCAACCUGAGACUCAUGAGGGACAAGGGCGUCCGGCUUAGCCGCAGGAGAAGCGGCGGAGGCGCAGUCUACCACGACCUGGGCAACAUCAACGUGACCUUCUUCACCUCCAAGAAGAGAUACGACAGGCGUGGCAACCUGGAACUGAUCAUCUCUGCCUUGAAGAGGAUCCGACCUCACCUGGACAUCAUGGCCACAGACAGGCUCGAUUUGCUACUCAACGGUGCCUUCAAGAUCUCGGGCACAGCCUCCAAGAUCGGAAGGACCACUGCUUACCAUCAUUGCACCUUACUAUGUAAUUCAGACAGCUCCCUAUUGUCCUCUGUGCUCUGCACUCCUCACCAGGGUCUGAAAAGCAACGCGACCCCUAGUACACCAGCCAGUGUGAAAAACCUCCAGGAAGAAGAUCCCACUCUCACUUGUGAUAUCUUGAUGGAUGCCAUUGCAGCAGAGUAUUCAAGGCGCCAUGGUCUCCAAGGCCAAAUCAUCCUCAUAGAUCCCAAAGACACAUUGGUGCUACCAGGAGUUGACAGGUUUACACAAGAGCUUAAAAGCUGGGACUGGAUCUAUGGAAAAACCCCCAAGUUUAGUGUCAGUCACACCUUUUCAGUGGACCAUAACUUAUCAAGGGCAGAAGUUAAAUUGAGCAUGAAUAUCAGUCGUGGCAGAAUUGAAAGCUGUAAUAUUGAAGUCUUAUCUGACUGGCUGCCAUCGGAAAUGUGUGACCAACUGGCCACAGACCUAAUUGGCAGCAAGUUUUGUCCUACUGAAACAAUGGUUUUGGCAAAUGCCCACUUAAGGAUUUGUCCCCAGGAUAGCAUACUCCAUAAUAAGUGGAAUGUACUUUGUGAGCAAGUUAUGGCAAUUAUGUAA